UAUGUUAUUGCUCAACGCUGUGGAGACGAAUUGCGAGUACUUCAACUGAAGGACAUAUUACACUUUCCAAUGGAAGACGGUACACUUACUGCCUUUGAGGUCCCUUUUGUUGAGGGAAGUACUAAUACAACGACACCAAACUCUGAAGAUGCCUCGGAUUCAAACCCUUCUGAGGCCUUGUGUGACGAAGUUCUUAAAAUAAUCAAUGCGCAUCUAAGCAAGGAGGGAUUCGACCAACAGACCGGACUAACAGUCAAACGCAGUUCAUUUAAUAAACACCUCUACAUUCGUGUCCCAUCGGGUUUCUUGGAGCUCAAUCCAACCAAUCAGCUGCAGCAGAAACUGGACCUCUAUCUUUGUUUCCAGUUGUUUACCAUCAAAAAUCACUGGUUUUGCGAAAAGUGCAAGAAGACCAGACAGGUACCCAAGCAAUUUGAAUUUUGGCGUUUACCCGACGUCCUUAUCAUUCACCUUAAGCGUUUCGGUACAACGUUACCUAUGACGAAGGUGAACGAAUUGGUGGAUUUCCCAGAAGAAGGCCUCAAAAUAUGUAAUUCGAAACAACAAGAAAGUAUUUAUGACCUCGUUGCUGUCAGCAAUCACAUGGGUGGACCCGCGGAUGGACACUACACUGCUUAUGCUAAGAACCGAUACGACAACCGCUGGUACAAUUUCGACGAUUCUUACACGUAUCCCCUCUCUGGAAAUCCUGUGGUACGCCCGUUAAGUUUCGACCCCUGCUGUUCCCUUGAUUGUAUAUGCAAUUUCAACAAUUCUUCUGUAGACUCUAAACUCUACGGCGUGUCGAUUAAGCAGAAUACUAAACUUUCAUUUUAA